AUGGAAAACUGGAGUUUCUGCAGAAAAGCGCUCCACAAUGAACAGACGAGUCCCAGAGGACCAGAGAUACUUCAGAUCCAAACUGGACUCUGCUGCAUGUGCGUCCGGAGAAACAGUGUGCACAAAUUGAAGACCUCCCCCUUUAACCGGACAGUCUGUAAUGAUCAUGGCGGCAGUUUGUCUGACCGAGAAUUCAUGGGAACGAGAACCAGGGAUCAAACUCCAGCACUGGUAUGAUUAAUUUAAAACUUUUAAGGCAUGAACUCAAUACUUUUAAACAUUAUUCCUGGAUAAAAUUACCAUUUUCUUGUGUUAAAUGUAUGACUGACAAGUUAAUAACCUUGAUUUCACGAGUUUAGUGUUUGUAAAGCUAGACCUGCAAAGUUUCAAAAAGCUGCAGCCAUCUAGGUUUUCUGUCAAGAACUAAAAACGGACCAUAAAAAGUUAAAAAUGUCACUUUUUGUCCUAAAAGACAAAAGUUCAACUAGGUAUGAUUUGAAUGUUGUAUGGCAGAAAAUCCUGAAAUGUUCACCUAGGGCUAGGCGAUAAACCGAAAAUUUACCGAUACCGAAAUUUACAACAAUAACAGAUGUCAUUUUGUCCAUAUUGGUUUAUUCGGUGUCAAAAAAAUAAAUAAAAAGUUGGUUUUGGAUGUGUGUAGGUAGGCUCUCAAGUCCCUUUAAGACGCUGGUCUAUGUCAGAGAUGUGAUUCCACCCCAUCCAGACCGUAACAAAGAGGGAAAGACAGGUGAGGAGAUGGCGGCUGAAGUGGAAGCUUAAGUAGACGAAGUUAAUGUGGGAGGGGGUGAGCAGCUUGUGAAGUAGUUAUCGUACAUUUAUCUUCAUCCAGGUGAACUGCUUAAUAUAUCGUGAUAUUGAUUUGAGCCAUAUCGCCCAGCCCUAUCUUUGCCACACACUCAAGAAAACUGAAUUAUUGCCUUACUCCGAUUGAGACCGGACAACUGAAGUGCAUGUAAACACCUUAGUCUGACAAUAAUUUGAGUUUGACAGCUCUGAUUGGAGUUGGUGAACUCCGAUUUAGACACCCAGAUAAUGCGAUUGGAAUUCGGUUUUCUCUACCAUGCAACCAGCGUAGUUGGAGUAUGAUAGGCCAAUGCAUGAACGCGUGCGCUACGCCCCCGGAACAAAAACACCAGAGAAGAGGAGUAGCGUGCAUAUCAUCUGCAGAAAAAGUAGCGCGAACAUCAUGUUCAACAAAAACAACGCUGUAUGAUGCUCAAUCUUCUUGCUCGAAAAUGCCCAGCAGCAGUUGUAGCCAUGUCUGACAUCUGGCACGGAUCUGCUGUUGUUGUUGGGUCAACUGGAAACAGCACCGCUAAAAAGACCCGUAUCGCCCCCUAGUUUUGGGCAGGAGGACACGCUCACAUCAAUAAUUCGAUUUUCUCUGCUGCAUGUUUAUGCGGACAAGGAGAGAAGUCUGAUUUGACGAAAAAAACAAAUUAUGAGUGUAGUUCGAUUAAGCUGUGCAUGUAAACGCACUGAAUGAAAAACCUACAAUGACUGUUACCGUGGAGAUUCAGCGCAGAUAUAUAAACCAGGUUAAAGACAAGCGCAUUCAUUUGAGUGACUUCGAGCCUGCCUGAUGUGAUCUCAAGGAAAUCAUCUGAUAGUUUGGUGGAAAUUUGAUGGGUAGUCUGAGCUGUUUGGCCGACCGGAUGACUUCUCGCUCCCUGCAGCGACGCCAGGAGCAGGGCUAAUAACUUUCACAUGAAUGGAGCGUCAUGCUUUCAAUGGUUGUUGUCAAAUUAUGACUCAUGAACUUUUCUGGAGGCAGUUUAAAAACUUCCUCUAUCUUUCUCUCCAGGUUGUUUGUCUCGUGUGCGCAAAGGGGGAAAGUAAAACAGCAAUGAAAGAGCGGCACGUUAUGGAUGAGGCCGGUCAUAUUCCAAUGAGGAUGAUAAAGGAUCUCACAUAUUCAGGGUCUGCAUGGUUUCUGCAUCAUCACUCAGCUGCCUGGGGCUGCAAUUUUAAGGCCCUCUUGCUGGAGAAACCCAAGAAUUGGGACCCUGCCAUGAGUGUUUGGCUGCAGAAAAUGCUGACAAAGAGAUACAGCGCUGCAGAAACUUGGGUUAUUUCCUGCUGCUUUAAGGGGAGUGAAGUGCAAGGAGCGGCGUCCAUCAAGAGAAGUCCAAAAAAUCCGAGUGUUAAAGGACAAAUAAGACAAGAAGAGAGUGAAAAGCGGCCGAUGGGGUUUAAAGCUUUUACAGAGCGUGAUGGACAGCUGAAUUCAAAAGGUUUCGCCAAUCGAUAUGACACUUUUAAAGCUGCUUCUCUGCACCCUUCAGAAGAAAAAACUCUUUUCCAGACAGAGAGAAAUGUGGCCGGAGUUAUAAAGAAAAACGACCAUUUGAGCUUCUUGGUUCAGAGGACUGUUCAGAGGCAACAAUCUUUAAAAGCGUCCAGAGUAUAUGAUGAUGAGGAUGGAUUUUAUGUUCGCAGGAAACUCUCGCUGAUACCGAGGGAGAAGCCAGAAUCCAUAAAUAAACCACAGUAUAAACUAAGGGCCACUCCUGAUGAUAAUAAAGAGGAUCUGAGCAGGAGGAUAAUCACAAAACAAGUCGAGCUGCAGCACCCAGAGGGAGAAAGUGCAACCGAGCGAUCACAUAAAAAUAUUGAAAAUGGAGAGCGGGAAAGAUUAACAUACCGGCUACAAGCAGGAUUUACACAUAAAACAGAUAAUAAUGAUGACAAAGAAAUGCUUAGUGAGGUGGGAGAUGAUAUUUUAAUCAUGUUUUUCCUUCCAGACGCCGAGAGUGAGACACAAACGCAGGGAAAACUUAUUUUAGAUGCAGACAUUAAGCGGAAAACAGUAAAUAUACCCAUAAAAGAGCUGGAUGACCCUCCACCUGUACCUGAAGUUAUGGAGGAAAACUUUAUUACUGAGGCGCAUAACUCCAGAUGUAAAUGCCUGAAAGAAAUCCUGACUUUAUUAGAAAUUUAUGCAGCAAGAGAAGACAUAAAACCAACAAAAGUUACUACAAAGUCUGCGAAAACUGAGAAACAGGUCAAAGCAACAACAGAGAAAGUAGAGCUGACCGAGACAAACAAUGCGGCGAGUGAAAAUACGAGCAUAAAUCCGACAAAACAAGAUGCAUCAUCAGAGGAAUCAGUCAUCCCCUCACCUCCCUCAAUCAAAACCAUCGAGCUAGAGCCUGCAGAAACAGAGCACACGGUGCAGACGAGUACGGUAAACAAGGAGAUAAAAGAGGCAACAUCAAGCCCAAAAAGCUUCAAUCAAAGCGGCACAGGAAGAGGAGACAGACCGCCGAGGACGACCACAACAAGUCCAAGAUAUAGAGGUAAUAAUAAUGCACAAAAAACUACAACUAAGGAGUCAUUCUCAGGCCUCAGGAUGAGGGAGGACUUCACCAUCAAACUUUGCAGAAGCAGAAAGAAGGAAGGAGGUGUAACGAGGAGGCCGGAAAGACCAAAGGAGAGCGUGUUUACAUCUGCAAGACCAGCAAAAACAGCAAAAACAGCUGAGACAGGAGCUGCAGAAACAACCCUGCAAGUAAGUGAAGAAACAGAGACAGGGGCUGUUUUGGAAUUGGCCUACUGCAUACUCCUGCCGAGCGCAGUAUGCAGUACAUACUGCAGUACAUACUGCAGUACAUACUGCAUACUGCAUACUAAGUACCGUGCUUGAUAGUAGUAUGCAGUAUGACUGGAAGUCAGCCGUUAGUAUGUAGUAUGCUUGGCCCGGUUUAGCUGGUUUCCGGUAUGGAAAAGUCCAUCGUAACCUGGUAAAUUGCAACAGCACUACAGUGUUGCCCAUUCAUGUAUGCACUGAAAAAAACUUUAUGUUUUAAUUUGAAUUUUUUCAGGAUUUUUUAGCCCAAUACCAGCCAUCAAAACCUGUUUAGUUAACCCUAAUCCUAACCCUAACCUUUACCUGACAGACGAUGACGGUUCACAGCUAUUAGGAAUAACCAAUUGGAGCCCAGCACUUCUAGCCAAUCAGAGGUGAAGAAGAGCGUGACAUUUCCCUACUAUCCUAUAAAAAAAAUUUCGUCUGCCAUCUGCCAGGGCGUUUUGCAUUGUGGGUAACAGUAGGCAAAGCAGACUGGUCUGAUGCAUACUGUGAAAUUUUCCUGAAUCAGUACGUCAUCCGGGUAUUUUUACCGCUGACAGUGCGUACUGCGAAUAGCCUUUCCACUUUUCAAACACUCGUGAAGACGCACCUGUUCACUUUAGCUUUUGGGGAAGUAUAGCUACUUUUAUUGGGUCUCUAAUUUAUUUGUCAUGUUUAUCCAUAUCGUUUUUUAAAUGUUUUUAUAUGUUUUAUGCUUUUAUUGUUUUUAUAGUUUUUUUAUUGUUUCUGGCUGUUUUACUGCGAGGCACUUUGGUAGACCACUGACUGUUUUUAAACGCGCUAUAUAAAUAAAACUGACACUGACAUACUGCAAAUUUUGCUUUUGUUCGCAUACUGCAUACUAAAUUUUGUGCAAAUCAGUACCAUAGACUUUAUAAAGAAUGGACAGUGUCUGCUUCCUCGCUGGGUGAAGCCACUCCGAGAACAGCACCCUCUGGUGACGGACUGCAGUAUAGGUCAUAAAUCCUGUCCCGCCAGCAAAGUUUACGAGGCUGUGGACAAACAGAAAUUUAUUACACGGAACAUAAUUUUUUUCCCUCCUGCUUGCAAUGUUGACAUGUAGUUACAGUAAGACUGGUUUGUGCUCAAGUCCUCUUUUUUUCUGUACAGCUCCAUUUCUAAAAGUUAUUAGGGGGUUCAUGUUUUCUAUGAUUGACCCCUGAUACAGCCUAUGGGCGUACGAAGAUUGUGUAGCUCACCCGGGGAUACGCUGUUUGAGCCGAGCGUCAUCACAGCGACUCUCUGCGACUCUCCCGCCAAAUGCGUACAAUGCUACUGCGCAAUGUUGGUUUCAGGAAGUAGAGAAAAAACGCAGAAUUCCUGAGAGCUUUUUGGCUUCAAAUCCGUGUACUGGUGGAAGGCAGAACCAAGUUGUCCAUAGUAUACACAGUCUAUGAUCAGUACGUACUGUUAGUAUAGCAGGGGAAUUUAAAAACGGCUAAAGAGAGGGUUUACUGUCCUGGUUAAAGUCAGAGAGAAAUGAAAUUAAGAAGAGCACAGCAUGGCGUCCACUCAUAUUAUAGCAUAGGAGUCUUAAAGGCAUAGACAGUAGGAUGUAAAAAACUGUAGUGCAUGAGUGAAAAUGGAAGUCUGGAUGAUAAUUAGUCGGCUUAAAGUCAUGGUGACCAUAUUUUUCUAACCUCCAAAAACAGGGACACUUUAAUUCAACCGCAGACCCACAUGUCUGAAUGAGCUCAUGGGUACAGUUGGAUUUGUCAUCAGUUCACCUCUCAGCACUCAGCAGAUGAAAAAUCACGUCUCCUGCUGUACCCACUGUUUUCAUAUGGCUCUGUGUCGCAGGAUUUUCACUGCGGACACUUGCAGCUGUAUGUUCGUUCGUUGCCAGGUACUUUUCAGAGGAGGCUGUGACUCUCCUGGAAAACGCUGACUCUCUUGUACGCCUGGCGGCCAGCCUAGACGAUUCCGUUAGUAUGAGAAGCUUAGCGAAGAGCAUUUUUGUGUUAAAAAUUAGUGUUUUAAAUCUAUAAUAAGACAAAAAUGGUUUUUACUAAAGUUUAGAUGGACUAGGAGGCAGAACUUCAUGCUUAUUCAGAGAAAUAAUCCUCCUCUCCUCUGGCGCUUAUACAGACUUUUAUACAUUUCUCAGCACACACUGAUGAAACUUCUCCUCUACAGAAACAUGACAACACGCCAUCCUGCAGAGGAUUAAUACAUCGCACUGAGGCCGGCUGGAAACACUGCAUGAGGAGACAUUCAGGAGCUGGGUUGAAUAUAUUUCCCUCUGGGGGUCCCACCGGUGUAUCUGAGGUUACAGGAGAGGAGCAGAAAGAAGCUACAACCAUCACAGACCGCAGGGGCGCUGAUGACAACGGCAAUGAUGAAUACGACCACUUUUACUAUUUUGACGGAGUGCUGAAGAGGGUUCGAAAUAAUUUUUACCCCCAUUACGAGAGACAAAGACUGAGGAGGAGGAGGAGGAGGAGACAUGAUAACACAUAG